AUGCAGCGAACGAUUGAACAGAGGUACGCCAUCAAGUUUUGUGUUGGACUGGGGAAAUCGGGUACGGAGACGUUGGGCAUGAUUCGCCAAGUGUUCAAGGAUGAAAGCAUGUCACAAACUGCAGUUUUCAAGUGGCACAAGCUCUUCAAAUGUGGCCGAGAGUGUGUGGAGGAUGAGGCCCGCGGUGGACGGCCGUCGACGUCAAGAACCGACGACAACGUGCAACGUGUGCGUGACGUACUCAAUUCAGACCGUCGGUUAAGUGUGCGCAUGAUUGCAAAUCGCGUUGUCAUUGAUAAGAUGACGGUGCACACCAUUAUCACUGAAGAUUUGGCGAUGCUUAAG